AUGAAGCGUAACUUAAAUCAAAGCAAACCGACCAAUAACUCAAAUAAGAGACCCUUUAAUUGUGAUGUCGAUGAUUGCGAUAAAAAAUUUAGGCAAAUGUCUCAUUUAAUUCAACACUAUCGCAUCCAUUACAGCGAAAAGCCUUACAUUUGUGAUGUCGAUAACUGUACUAAAAGAUUUAGACAACAGUCGGGAUUAGAUCAACACAAACGCAGACAUUUCGAUGAAAAGCCAUUCAAAUGUGAUAUCGAUGACUGCGAUAAAACAUUUAGACAACAAUCGGGAUUAGAUCAACACAAACGCAGACAUUUCGGUGAAAAGCCAUUCAAGUGUGAUAUCGAUGACUGCGACAAAACAUUUAGACAACAGUCGGGAUUAGAUCAACACAAACGCAGACAUUUCGGUGAAAAGCCAUUCAAGUGUGAUAUCGAUGACUGCGAUAAAACAUUUAGACAACAAUCGGGAUUAGAUCAACACAAACGCAGACAUUUCGGUGAAAAGCCAUUCAAGUGUGAUAUCGAUGACUGCGACAAAACAUUUAGACAACAGUCGGGAUUAGAUCAACACAAACGCAGACAUUUCGGUGAAAAGCCAUUCAAGUGUGAUAUCGAUGACUGCGACAAAACAUUUAGACAACAAUCGGGAUUAGAUCAACACAAACGCAGACAUUUCGGUGAAAAGAUAAGCAAAUGUGAUGUCAAUGCUUGCAUUCAACUGUUUGGAAAACAAUCUGAUUCACGAAACAAACAACUGAGUAAAUUGUCUGUUGAAUGUGAUGACAACAAUUGCGACAUUAAAUUUGUAAUAUUAGAUGCAAAUGAAAAUAAACUCAUUCAUUACGGCGAAAAACACUUAAAAUAUGUUAAUUAA